AUGACCGGCAUGAGAAUUAUCAAAUUCUCUUAUCGGACUCCAGGGGCUCCAGGGGCUCCAAGGAUUCCAGGGCCUCCAGAGGCUCCAAGGAUUCCAGGGGCUCCAAGGAUUCCAGGGGCUCCAGGGGUUCCAGGGGCUUGGAGGCCUGCAGGGGCUCCAGGUACUCCAGGGCUCUGGGGGCUCCCGUCAUCCCAGGGGCUCCAGGAGUCCCACAGACUCCAGGAGCUCCAGAGAUUCCAGAGGCUCCAGGGAUCUGGGGGCUCCAGGAGUUCCAAGGGUUCCAGAGGCUCCGGGGACUCCGAGGAUCUCAGAGGCUCUGGGAGUUCCAAGGACUCCAGGGGUUCCAGGGGCUUCGGUUUUUCCAGGGGCUCCAGGAGCCCCAGAAACUCCAGGGACUCCAGAGGUUCCAGAGGCUCCAGGGAUCUGGGGGCUCCAGAGGCUCCAGGUGCUCCAGGGUCUCCAAGGACUCCAGGGGUUCCAGAGGCUCGAGGGUCUCUGGGGGCUCCAGGGGCUCCAGGACCUCUGGGUGCUCCAGGGCUCUGGGGGGGUCCCGGAGCUCCAGGGGUUCCAGGGGCUCCAGGGUCUCUGGGGGCUCCAGGGGCUCCAGGAGCUCCGGGUGUUCCAGGGUUCUGGGGGUUCCAGGGGCUCCAGGGUUCUGGGGGUUCCAGGGGCUCCAGGGUUCUGGGCAUUCCCGGGGCUCCAGGGGUUCCUGACCAGUUUCCCCCCAUAAAUUCCAGCCGAGCUCCCAGUCCCGGUGUUUAUUCCCUCCCCGGCAUUUCCCCGGCAGCUCCCGGCCCUUGGCACCGGGACAGGAUCCCCGCCCGCCCGCGGGAGCCGUGCCAGGGCCUGAGAGACCGAGCUCUGUGCGGGCAAAGAGCGCCGCGCUCCAUCAACCCCGCGGGGACAAUGUCGCGAUUGUCGCGAUUGUCACCUCGCCAGCGGGACCGGCCGCUCCUCCUUUGGCUCCCCAAGGGCACAAUCCCGUCUGUUCCUUUUCCUUUUCCUUUUCCUUUUCCUUUUCCUUUUCCUUUUCCUUUUCCUUUUCCUUUUCCUUUUCCUUUUCCUUUUCCUUUUCCUUUUCCUUUUCCUUUUCCUUUUCCUUUUCCUUUUCCUUUUCCUUUUCCUUUUCCUUUUCCUUUUCCUUUUCCUUUUCCUUUUCCUUUUCCUUUCCCUUUUCAUUUUCCUUCUCCUUCUCCUUCUCCUUCUCCUUCUCCUUCUCCUUCAGUGGGCGGGGCUCCCGAGGGGGCGGGGCUCAGGAGGGGGCGGGGCUCCCGAGGGGGGCGGUGCGGCCUCGCCCUCUCCUCGCGCGCGGCGCCGCUCGAUGACGUCACGCAGGCAGAUUGA